AGCGCUAGUCUGUACUGUAGUUUAGUUUUGUUGAGAAGAUAGGAUCAAGGAUAGAAGAAAAAAAAGAUAUAUUUUUGUUACAGUAAGAUUUUAUAAUUAUUUUGUACUAAAUUUCGAAAUGGACGUGCCAGAGAAUAAUAUAGAUAUGCCAGACAAUAAAACAACAGAGGAAAUUAUAAAUGAAAUAAACAGUGCUAUUGAGAAUCCUGCUAUGUUGAAGCUUAAGUUGCUGACUAUGUUUGAUGAAAAAAAUAGUAUGGAUAUACUUGGAAAUUGUCAGUUACGGAAGAGAGUUAUUAGAGAAGGAAAACCAAGUACAAGACCAGAGAGAGGUGAUUUAUGUGUAUUAAAUAUUACAGGCCAACUUGAAAGCGACAAGAUAGUAGAUGUUCAUAAGAACAAAGUAGUACAGUUAGGAGAUUUUGAAGUGAUAAUGGGCUUAGAUUUAGCACUUGCAUUAAUGGAUGUCGGUGAAAUUGCUCUGGUUUAUGUUCAUCCAAGAUUUGCUUAUGGAGAACAAGGAACAGAAGAUAUACCACCUAAUUCCAUUAUUACAUACAUAAUUGAAUUGAAAAAAAUUACAAGAGCACCUGAAAUAGAAACACUAAACUUAAAAAAAAGAAUGAACAUAGGGAUUAUUAAAUAUGAACGUGCAAUCUUUUGGCGUGACCAAAAGGAGUGGAUUUGUGCAGCUCACUGUUUUCGAAGAGCAUUAGAGUACUUGAAAACAAUCUUUCAUUCACUAUCAGGAUUAGUUGAUACAGAUCCAGGAAUUUCAGAUAUAGAAAUUAUGGUUGCGUUAGCUGAAUCUAAAGAUAUGCACGAAAAUGAUAUUGAUUUACCAAAACUAUUGCAUUUGUGUUGGAAGUGUUAUUAUGAAUUGUCAGAUGUACUAGUGCAAAUGCAAUCUUUUACUGCAGCUUUAGAAACUAUAAAAAAUGCUCAAAGGCUCCAACCAAUUUCAGUGCUAACAUUAUGUAGAAAAGCAUUAAUAUUGAAAGAAAUGGGUUGCUAUGAUGAGGCUUAUUCGGCAAUGCGUUACGCACAGAAUUUAGAUAUAAAAAAUGAUAAAUCUCAUUUUACAAUUUAUAUGAAGAACGAAAUGAACAUUAUAAAAGCUAGACUUGAUCAAGAUAAGAAAAAAGAAAAACAAUUAUAUCGUAAAAUGCUGGGUUUGAGUUAUAAAAAUAGUGAAAAAAAAGAUUUGGUCACUACUAGGCCACUAGAGAAUAAGAAAAAAAGUACUACUAAAAAAUGUGCUUGGACUAUGCUAUGGUGUCUGAUAGGAGGAACAUCUGUUGCUAUUAUUAGCAUAUUUAUACACAAAUAUACAGAUGUUCGUUUUAAAUAACCAAAAAAAAAAAAAAAAAAAA